AUGUGUCACCAGUCGCAAAAUGCGUCACUACGUCUGGACACAGGGUAUCUCGACUCGCACUUUGAUCUCGGGCUCAACGCACCAUCCAAGGAUCGCAUUCUCCUUCGGCGAGUUACGAACUGUCAAGGAUACUACAUAUACGAUUGGGUAUUCGAGGCUGGCACUCAGCCUCAGCCUGAUGUCUGGAUUCCACUUCCGCAGCUUACACGGCCUGACGCAGAUCUUUCGCUCUUCUCGCUGUCUUCCAACAACAUACAAUAUCUCGGCCCUAUCGACGAUCCAUUCUUCAGUGCACACAAGAUGCUGCAAUCAGAUGACAUGACCUCAUGGAAAGCUGAUGGACCAGAAGAGUUUGUUCAUUUUAUGGCUUGCACCGAUCAGCAUCAAUUUUGCAUCCCACAGGCGAAAAAUUUUCGAAGGCCAGAGAUUUGCACUCAACUAAGCGGCUACAUCCCUCUUUGUGGGUCCCUCAACGCAUUUCCGUUUAAUAAGAUGCAACUUGCAACUGCUGAGCGGAUCUGCUCUCAGCUCAGCUUUGCUCUCAUGGAUGAGGCAGUUAGCGGCCUUGGCCCUUCAGCUCUGCUGGCCGUAGAGCACGUUGUCACACUGAUUUCUGAUUCGCUGCCAAUCGAUCACUGGAUGCGAGAAGUCUCGUACUGGUUCGCUAUAUCACUCUCGAGGGUACAACGUGGACUCAUUCAAUAUGCUGCCGGCCCUGCAGAAAUACCCCACGGAAUGAGUGUAGUUCCACCAUCUGAUGAGGCCGGCCGACAGCUAUGCAAAGCCCAAAAGAUACGCGCUAAUGGCGGUUACCAGUCAUACUCCGUCCUUGGACUUUGUAUCAUUUUGGUCUUUGGAGUGGCGAUAAUCCUUACAAGCUGGGUCUUAGAGCCAAUUACAAACUUUUUACGCAAGAACUAUUUGAACGACCGGAAGAGGCGACGGAUACAAUGGCUACUCGAUGGUAAGCUGCAAAUGUUACGUAUGGCUUAUGAGUACGCCGGUGUGGGUGAUUGGAUCAAGAAGGAUGAGGAGACACCAGUUGUGCAAAAUCUGAACAAAAUUUUUGUUUUCCCUGUGAACCCUAAUGCGUCGGACCCUGGAUGGCGCGAGCCUUGUCCAAUACAGGAUGCGGUCGUACCAUUAUCAGACGGACAACAAAACACCACGCCUGAAACUAAACCUCUAAUUUCUAGUCACACCACGACAGACGAGGGAAAUAGAUAA